GGAAGAGGACAGGGCAGAGGAGGAGGGAGUUGGCGGCCGCCGAGCCCCGGGCAGCGGGCCCCGUCCAGGGCCGGCGCCCUCCGUGGUCCUCCCUCGCUCGUCUCCUAUGCUCAUAUUUGGACUCGGCUGCCCGUGCCCAGGAAUUUCCCGUCAUGCCUCCCGCCGCCCCGUCCGUCGCCCGGAGCCGGGGAGGGAGGGAGCGAGGUUCGGACACCGGCGGCGGCUGCCUGGCCUUUCCAUGAGCCCGCAGCGGACCCUCCCGCGCCCCCUCUCGCUCUGCCUCUGCCUCUGCCUCUGCCUGGCCGCGGCUCUGGGAAGUGCGCAGUCCGGGUCAUGUAGGGAUAAAAAGAACUGUAAGGUGGUCUUUUCCCAGCAGGAACUGAGGAAGCGGCUAACACCCCUGCAGUACCAUGUCACUCAGGAGAAAGGGACCGAAAGUGCCUUUGAAGGAGAGUACACACAUCACAAAGAUCCUGGAAUAUAUAAAUGUGUUGUUUGUGGAACUCCAUUGUUUAAGUCAGAAACCAAAUUUGACUCCGGUUCAGGUUGGCCUUCGUUCCACGAUGUGAUCAGUUCUGAGGCAAUCACAUUCACAGAUGACUUUUCCUAUGGGAUGCACAGGGUGGAAACAAGCUGCUCUCAGUUCAUUUGGAUAAAGAAGCCAGCAUGACACUACUUGUUGGAAGCCAGGAAAAAAACAAUUGUGUAUGCUAGAGAUGUUUCCUUUUGCUACAUUUGCAGCCCUGGUGACUGUGACAUAAAUCUAUUGGGCCUUGCCAUUGCUUCGCUGGGUUCCAAGAACAUCCAAUGCUUGUCUGAUGUUAAGUUUUACUGCCCAUGAAAGCAAACAUCACCUCUGUCAUGGCCAGUUAAACAGUAUCUUUUCAGUGGACUUCUGGAUAUCUGAAACCCACCCAUCCAAAGCCAAAAGUAACGCCAGAGGGAAAGAUUUUAUGCUGCCAUGUUUCUUACAAGGGAAGAUCAAGGGUCAACUUGAUUCAUAAAAUUACUGCAGUCAUUUUUCAGCUGGCUGAGAGACUUCACAGAUCAAAAAAUACAGUGGCUCCCAAAUGAUUUCUGAUAUGCACAAUUCUAGUGUUUUUUAUUCUCAGCAUGUGGCUCAAAGCCUGCCAGAAACCAUCUUUGCAGCUAUUGACAGGCGGAUUAGAAAUCAUCCACGAUGGUUUCCUUCAUUUCUCUACAGGCUGGUCAUCCAUUUAAACUGCUUAAUUUGAAUUCCUCUCAAAGCCUGCUUUGUACAUGCUUUUCCCUGAUGUUUUGUUCUUCUCUUUCAGUGUGGUGCUCACCUUGGGCACAUUUUUGAUGAUGGGCCUCGUCCAACUGGGAAAAGAUACUGCAUAAAUUCGGCUGCCUUGUCUUUCACACCUGCGGAUAGCAGUGGCGCCGCCGAGGGAGAAAGUGGGGUCGCCAGCCCAGCCCAGGCAGACAAAGCAGAGCUCUAGAGUAAUGGAGAGUGAUGGAAACAAAGUGUACUUAAUGCACAGCUUAUUAGAAAAAUCAAAAUUGUUAUCUUAAUAGAUAUAUUUUUUCAAAAACUAUAAGGGCAGUUUUGUGCUAUUGAUAUUUUUUCUUCUUUUGCUUAAACAGAAGCCCUGGCCAUCCAUGUAUUUUGCUAUUGACUAGAUCAAGAACUGUUUAUAGCUUUAGCAAGUGGAGACAGCUUUGUGAAACUUCUUCACAAGCCACUUAUACCCUUUGGCAUUCUUUUCUUUGAGCACAUGGCUUCUUUUGCAGUUUUUCCCCCUUUGAUUCAGAAGCAGAGGGUUCAUGGUCUUUAAACAUGAAAAUAGAGAUCUCCUCUGCAGUGUAGAGACCAGAGCUGGGCAGUGCAGGGCAUGGAGACCUGCAAGACACAUGGCCUUGAGGCCUUUGCACAGACUCACCUAAGAUAAGGAUGGAGUGAUGUCUUAAUGAGACUGCUCAGCUUUGUGGAAAGUUUGAGCUAAGGUCAUUUUUUUUUUACUCACUGAAAGGGUGUGAAGGUCUAAAGUCUUUCCUUAUGUUAAAUUGUUGCCAGAUCCAAAGGGGCAUACUGAGUGUUGUGGCAGAGAAGUAAACAUUACCUCACUGUUAGGCCUUUAUUUUAUUUUAUUUUCCAUCGAAAGCAUUGGAGGCCCAGUGCAAUGGCUCACGCCUGUAAUCCCAGCACUUUGGGAGGCCGAGGUGGGUGGAUCACGAGGUCGGGAGAUCGAGACCAUCCUGGCUAACAUGGUGAAACCCUGUCUCUACUAAAAAUAUGAAAAAUUAGCCAGGCGUGGUGGUGGGCACCUGUAGUCCCAGCUACUCAGGAGGCUGAGGCAGGAGAAUGGCGUGAACCCGGAAGGUGGAGCUUGCAGUUAGCCGAGAUCGUGCCACUGCACUCCAGCCUGCGUGACAAUGCGAGACUCCAUCUCAAAAAGUAAUAAUAAUAAUAAUACAAAAACUAGCUGGGCAUGGUGGCGCAUGCAUGUAGUCCCAGCUACUCCUGAGGCUGAGUCAGGAGAAUCGCUUGAACUCGGGAAGCGGAGGUUGCAGUGAGCUGAGCUCAUACCACUGCACUCCAGCCUGGGCAACAGAGUGAGAUCCUGUCAAAAAAGAAGAAAAAGCAGCAUUCGAAUGUAAGACAACUGUAAAAUAUUGAGCCCCACUUGGUGUAAAAUUCAAAAAGAAGAACGCCUGUCCAUCGCCUUUUUAUAAGUCCUUCUCUCCACACCUAAAAGCAGCUGCAGCUGGAAGGGCAUAAAUUCCACUGUUUAAAAUAAAAUAUUAGGGGCAACACACUUCAUCAAGGCAGCAGGAAUGAGAGAGAGCAGAGAAGAUCAAGGAUGAAGUCUUGGGUACUGAAAAAUUCAGUGCUGGGCAGAAAAACUGACAGGGCACUACAGGUAACAAACAGAAUCCAAGUGGGGUGGCCCUUGUGCAUAGAGCUCCAGGUGACCUCUGGAGAGACAUGGGCAUUCACAUGGAAAGCUAAAACGGAAGCUCAAGUUUCAUACUCAACAUAAUCUUCUGUGUGACAAAAGACAAGCCAUUUAGCCUCUCUGUGCCUAUUUCUUCAUGCAUAAACUGGGACUCAUAAUAUUUGUAAAAUGUAUUGAUACUCUCAGGGCAAAUUCACUAUAUUGCUAUACAAUUGAGAUCAGUGUUGUAAAAUUAAACUGAUCUGGUUCUAAUUGCCUCAAAGGCCAAAGCCCAGGCAUAUGAAAUGGAAAGAAGCAGAGAGGAGGCUGACUUAGCUGAUUGGUAUGGAAACAGUUGGGCCAAGAGCCAGAAUUUCCCUUUGUAGCAACAUGGCUAGUUUUACUUUGAGAAGCUCUGCUCAGUUGCUUUAUAACAUGAAGUCUGGUGGAAUGGAUGUCACUGUGCACAAUAAAGUUUUCACAAGUAUAAACAAUGGUGAUGUAGGUCAACAUUGCUGUAGCCAGGUGUGAAGGUGGUAUGGUGUGUGACGAAUGUACAUCGUGUUUGUAGCUUUGGAUGCUAAUCUUGAAUUGUAGUUUAAAAAAUAUAUAUUUUUGUAACUUUUUGAAAGCUUAUGAAGACUGACAGCUUUCCUUGUAAGCACUAAGAGAAAAAAAAGAAAGAGGGACAUUUGACAAUUUUAAAGAAACAACAAGAAAUUAGAAUGAAAAUCUGUGACAAACAGCAUCAGUGUGGCCAUGUCCACAUUUCUACAUGUCUCUCUCUACAAGCACCUCUCUAAGAAGCCUGACAUCCUGGUGGACUCUUUAUAAUCAUGUACGCUUGAUUCCAGAUGAGCUCUGGUCUUAUCUGGAUGCUCAGAUAAGAGGUUUCUAUCUGAGCAUCCAGAUGUUCCCUCAGGUUCCAAGACAUUUCACCCCAGGCCCUGGGUUCACUCUGGAAUUCGUAGGCUUCACGUCUCUCUAGAAAUGAGGUGUAAAAUUUAAGACCAGACCUCAGCCAUCAGCGUCCAGACCAUCCUAGAAGUCUUUCCCAAUCUCACAGAGAAAGCCCUAGUACUUCCCAGUGACCCCAGGAUUCCACGUUGGGGUGGCCAAAGAAAUAGGUCUCUCAGAGCUUUGCCACAGCCUGCAGCCCAUCCUUCAGAGGCAUACACAGCACCUCUCGGCUGCUCCAGCUCUGUGGGAUAGCCUCCCCUGGGAUCCGAGGGACGUGGGCCACAGUGUUGAGGUAGACAAGGAGGAUCAAUCAGAGGCCUCUUCCCUCUCCACAGAGACUGGAUUGUCAUUGUUCCUUCAUUUAUAUUGUAGGGCUUAACAUUUCACUCAAAAAAAGCCCCUCUUUUUCUAAUCCUUAGUCUUUGUUUCAAGGAAAGCCAGUUUUUCUUCUACCACAUUUUCCAGGAUUGACUUUAAGAAAAAUGCAACAUCUAUUGAAAAAAAGUGGGGUGUAUGCAUGUGGUUUAAUUCCAGAUUGCUUUUGGGUUUAAGUGGUAUCAAAUUUCAGUAUAUUUCUGUCUUAUGUGAAAGAAAUAUAUUACUAAAACGUCAGUGAGCAAUAAUGUCAGCUGUCGAGCACUAGAUUUAUUUUUGCAGGAUAUGAAGUGCAAUGAACUGAGUCAAUAUGGCAAGGUGUAUGUCAUCUGUGGGAGUUAUGCCAUUUAACAUAGGAAGUGCAUGGGACUUUCCCUCUCUGCACUCCAGCUCUUACUGUACCAUUAGAAGAUGCAGAAUUCUCUUGGUGUGCAAAAAGUAUAGCCUUACAUUCAAGCAGAAUGGAUCUGAAGAAAGCAGCAAUAUCUGUUGUAUUAGAGAACAUUCCCAUGUGUUUAAACUCUUCACUUCUUAGAUGCAUUUAAAUUCUUAAUGCAAAUGACGUAGCAAUUUGAAAACUUCUCCAUAUUACUUGUGUUUAAAAUGUCUUGCUUUAAAUAUAAAAAAAAAGGUAAAGGGGAUUAUCUUUUGUUUAGAAGGUUAAAUAUUAUUUUUGCCUUAGAUAGCUUUGUAAUAAUUUUUCUCCAGACAGUUCAACACUUUUGAAAAAUGACAUGAAUUUUCAUUAAAAACCCUUUUCCUAUGUUUAUUGUAUACAAGAAUUAUGCAAUAAAAUUUCUUUAUAAAAA